UGCUAGCAUCGUGCUCCGGUUCGCUGGUGACUGGAGCUGCGGCUGUCGGCUGGGACGAUGCUAUCGGAUGCUAACUGAUGCUAUCGGAUGCUAACUGAUGCUAUCGGACGCUAUCCUUCGCCUCCAGCUUUACUCGGCGAGCCAGUGUCGUGGAUCUUCUUCUGGGAAGUACGCUGGCGGAGAGGAAAAGAGAGUCAGAUUGAGGAAUGGCUCCAAGGACAUAGCCUCUCUCAAUACAGGCAUCUGUUUGAAGAUGUACAGACACUGGAGGAACUGAGUCUGAGUGCACUGAGCCGUCUGGAAGAGGUGGUGACGGAACAGCAGUGCUGGAGGAAAAUUGCAAAGGCCCACAUCCAGCUGCUCCGAGACUUUGCCUUCCAGGAGUGGCUUUGCUCCCAGAGCCUGGGGCACUAUUACCAUACACUGAAGGACUUGCGUUGUCGGAAUCUGGAUGAUCUGGCUCAGUUUGACAGUCAGCUGCAGCUGUCUCUAGCUGGCUGGGGAUACUACUACGAGGACUACAUUAAGUUGUCGACGGGCAUCAGGAUUCUCCAGAACUCCCGGAGGAGUCGUGACCAGGACUACGAGAUCCGGCUGGUGCACAGCCUCGCUUUGAGGCGUCUGAAUGAGAGGUGGACAAUCGCGGGAGCUCUCAUAUUUGGCUGUACUGUGGCGCUGUGCUUCUUGAUAAGGGACCUCAUGUUUUACGUGAUUGGUGGAAUUACUGUUUCCAUCAUAGCGUUUGUCUUCACCAUCAAGUUCCUGUGUGAGCUUGCAGCGAGGGUUGUCAGCUUCCUGCAGAAUGAAGAUCCCGGGCGACGCAGCGACCGCAGCAUCUACGACUAUGUCCGGGGAAACUACCUCGACCCACGCUCCUGCAAGGUGUUUUGGGACUGGAAGGAACCACAGGAAGUGGGGCAGACCAUCAGCUUCGGUGUCCAGCUGUUCUACAAGAACGGCCAGCCUUUUCCGGCCCACCGGCCUGUGGGUCUGAGGGUCAACAUCACCCACAUCGAACUGGCUCUGGACAUCCCUGUGACACAGGAGGUUCUGCAAGAUCCAGAGUCCAAUGUGGUAAAAAUCGCCUUCACUGUGCGCAAGGCCGGACGCUACGAAGUUGCUGUCAAGCUUGGUGGCCUCAAUGUGGCCUACAGCCCGUAUUACAAGAUAUUUCAGCCAGGUCCAGUUGUCCCAUGCAAAACCAAGAUAGCCUACCAUUUCUCCACCCUGGUGCUAACAAAUGGCCAGCAGCACACGUUGCAGGUUGAGCCCAGAGACGAGUACGGGAACCCCACCAGUAACUCCACGUCUCUCACGGAUGAAUCCAACUACAGUGUCCAUUUGCACUCUCUGGGCACGGUGGAUGACGACAGCCUGGAGGACUACUACAGUCAGUCAGUGACGCUCAAUAAGCAGCAGUGCCAGGUUCUGCUGAAACUGACCCUGAGGAAGACGGGCUGCUUCAGGGCCCACAUCUCUUACAAGGGCGAGCCGCUCAGCAACGGGGAAUUUAACAUUAUUAUUCUCAGUGAGAAUGAGAAGACCUGCGUGGAGAAGAAUGUGUCCACUCCAGGCACAAGCAUCUACUUCGAGGCGUACCUUUACAGCAAUGGGAACUACAGUUCCUCAUGGCAGUUGCCACCCUCCUCUUUACUGGCUCCCCAGAGGAGGCCCUCCACGGGAGAAGAGGAGGAAGAGCACGACUCUCCUGUGGAGGGACAACCUGAGAAGGUCAAGAAACCAAAAAAGGUCUACUGUUACAUAUCGCCAAAGCAACUCUCCGUGAAGGAGUUCUACCUGAAAAUUAUCCCAUGGCGCCUUUUCACCUUUCGAGUAUGUCCAGGAACGAAGUUCACCUAUUAUGGCCCUGACCCGGUUCACAAGUACCUAACUCUAGUGGUGGAUGAUGGGAUACAGCCUCCUGUGGAGCUCAGCUGCAAAGACCGGAACAUCAUGGCCGCCACCUUCAUUCGCUUCCUGCACAAGAACAUCGGUGGCUCCGAAACCUUCCAAGACAAAGUGAACUUCUUUCAACGUGAACUCAGGCACAUCCACUCCAAGAGACCUCGCACCAAGACCUGCCUAAAGAUCACGCGGCACUCCAUUCUGGACUCGUCCCUGAAGGCCACGAAGAACUUCUCCGUGUCGGACUGGAGUAAGAACUUUGAGGUGGUCUUUCAGGACGAGGAAGCGCUGGACUGGGGAGGGCCUCGAAGGGAGUGGUUUGAGCUGGUCUGUAAGACCCUCUUCGACACCUCCAACGAACUGUUCACCCGCUUCAGCGACAACAACCAGGGCCUGGUGCACCCCAACGCCGAGCGGCCGGCCCUCCUGCGCCUCAAGAUGUACGAGUUUGCAGGUCGCGUCGUCGGGAAGUGCUUGUACGAGUCGGCUCUCGGCGGCGCCUACAAGCAGCUGGUCCGGGCGCGCUUUACACGGUCCUUCUUGUCCCAGAUCAUCGGCCUCAGGAUGAACUACAAGUACUUUGAGACGGACGACCAGGAGUUCUACAAAACUAAAGUCUGCUUCAUCCUAAACAAUGACGUGAGUGAAAUGGAUUUGGUGUUUGCCGAGGAGAAGUACAGCAAGUCGGGACAGCUGGAGAAGGUGGUGGAGCUAAUAUCGGGGGGAUCUCAAAUUGCUGUGAAUAAUGAAAACAAGAUGCAUUAUCUCAACCUGCUGGCCCAGUACAGACUAGCCAGCCAGGUGAGAGAUGAGGUGGAACACUUCCUGAAAGGCUUGAACGAACUGGUUCCAGAAAACCUGCUCGCCAUAUUUGAUGAGAAUGAGUUGGAGCUGCUGAUGUGUGGCACCGGUGACAUAAACGUGCAGGACUUCAAGACCCACGCUGUGAUCGUUGGAGGAUCGUGGCACUUCAGAGAGAAAGUGAUGAAGUGGUUCUGGGCCGUGGUGUCCUGCUUCACCCAGGAGGAGUUGGCGCGUCUGCUCCAGUUCACCACCGGCUCCUCUCAGCUGCCCCCGGGGGGAUUCAACACCCUUUGCCCCUCCUUCCAGAUCAUCGCCGCCCCCACACACAGCACCUUGCCCACUGCACACACGUGUUUUAACCAGCUGUGCCUCCCGACGUACGACUCCUACAAGGAACUGCACAAGUUGUUGAAGCUGGCCAUCAGCGAGGGCAGCGAGGGCUUCGGCAUGCUCUGACUCGCCCAUCGCCGGCGCCGCUGGACCGGUUUCCUGCGUUCAGCAGUGGGCUUCCUGGCAGAAUCCCCCAGACUCCCUAUGGAUGCUCUCUCAGGAGGAGAGUCACAGAAGACUGUCCUGAAACUGGAACUCAACAUAUGAACUCUAAUGCAUCUGUUUGUAUAUAAAAUAUCUCUCUUUAAAAAAAAAAAAAAAGAAGGAAACCAGCAGCUGCUGUAAAAAGGUGAGGUUUGGGCUCGUUGUAUUUCUUAAUCCUAAAGUUUGCUUAGUUUUAUAUGUUUGAAAGACACGCUGUGCGAGGAAAGGCCUCGAGUAUUACGUCACAACUGCUUCUUUUGCAUUUUGCAAACUGAGGAACACUUAACAGCGGCCGGCCUCCAUGUGGCGUCCAGCACUUCGGCCUUAAUCGAUCAGGGACGGAUGUGUGUUUGUAGAUAUAUAAUAUCACUCUUUUAUUCCAAUACUUGUACAUACUCGUGUGUAUACAUCGGUUUUCAUCUUAUCUUUCCGGUUUGACGUUAAGGGAGAAGGGAUUUCUUUAUUGUUGCACAUUUCGAUGGAUACAUUACUUUUGCUUUCUUUCUUUUUUUAAAUUAUUCUCAAAGAAGGAAUGGGUUUAAAAAAGAAGCCAAGUCAUUUCUAUUGUUUAUACAUGUUUUUAACUUAUUGCAUCUUAAGCAAUAUUUGUGUUGACCCCGUUUGUCCGGAGCUGUAGAUGUUGUUUUAUAACCGGCCUUAUCCACGCCCCUUGCAUCUGACUGUCCAGAGAGGUGCGUAGCGAGGAGAAGCAGAGUUGGCGAUGGUAAGUCAAAGGUUUAUCACAGCAUUUCUCCUGUUUGUGUCCAUCUAUAACACGCAUGUUGUUAUGUACGCCGUCUGCUUCUCAUGUUUUGAUUCACAAGCUGUUCUGGGAGUCACCACCAAACGGCCACGCCCACGCAUCCACUUCAUAGCUCCUCCUUCCUUUAGUCGUAUCCCGCGUCUUCAGGGACUCGGAGCAUUAUGUCAGUUCAGAUUAUGUCCCCGUUUGUUUUUCUUUGUUAUUAUAAAACUAUUUAUUUUUAAUGUUAGUGUUGUCGAUAUCCUGAGCCAACAGAGUUGUUUUUCUCCUCUUUUUUUUUUGCCGAUUGUGCAGCGAUUCCUUUGCUUUUCCAGAGUUGACAUGUUCAGUAGCCACUUGGUACCCGUCACACGGUUUGUAGAGCGUUCAGGUCAAAUCAUUGUUUAGAUUCAGAAGCGUAAAGUUAAUGUCCGAUUCGUCCCGAUAGUGUUAUGAACAUGAACAUUUGAACACGUUCACAUUCCCCACAGAGCACUCCGGGUCAGCUCGCCCGGGCCACCGGGACAUCUCACUUCACGGCGGCUGACCGGCGUGGCAGCAGGUCGGCGUCUCUUUGUGUUUGCUCACCGGUCGACUCGUCACCGAGCUGGCCCUUCACAGCGCUGAGAGGUUUAGAAGAGGAUCUAUGGAGUCGUGUUUAUUUGGGUUGUGCAAUGUUGACCGAAUCUACUGAGAGCGGUGGGAAAAGUGCUUAAUAAAAUGUUCCAUGACGGGUGUGUUGUCUGCACCAGAACCAAUGGCUGAUAUCACAUUCACGCCAAGUAAACGUAGUGUAAGUGUUACACACAUUCGCUGUUCCAUCAGAUAUGUCCAUGAUAAACAAAUAUGAAGGUUUGUCCCGUAGUUUUAUGUUCUCAUUAAAUGUUUUGAGUUCCAUCAGCACUCCUCUGUUUUAUGUUUGUGGUUUUUCUGGGUUAGAGGCCAGAGUGUGACUAGAUAUUUCCCUCUGACCUUUAAAGCUGGGAUACUUUUUUCUUUCCUUUUUUUUAAAGGACAAGCCUCUGGCGAAUGUUUGAGAUUCUCUGCACUGCAGGUCCUUUUUUUGUUUAUGGAAAUAAAAAAAUAAUGAAAUACA